AUGCUCAGUUCCCUCCGGCUAGUCCCUCCUUGCGCGCCCAUUUCGAGCCCGAAUGUCAAGCUCGACUUUGGGGACUUGAGAAUCCCGCACAUAUUUUCCAGGACUAGAUUCUUGGCUAUGCGGGCAGGAAUGGCGCAGCUGGAGGGUUACUAUUUCUCGGCAGCCCUGAGCUGUACCUUUUUAGUGUCCUGCCUCCUUUUCUCUGCUUUCAGCCGGGCGCUGCGAGAGCCCUACAUGGACGAGAUCUUCCACCUGCCGCAGGCACAGCGCUACUGUGAGGGCCAUUUCUCCCUCUCGCAGUGGGACCCCAUGAUUACUACAUUACCUGGCUUAUACCUGCUGUCAGUUGGAGUGGUCAAACCUGCCAGUUGGAUCUUUGGAUGGUCGGAACACGUUGUCUGCUCCAUUGGAAUGCUCAGAUUUGUUAAUCUUCUCUUCAGUGUUGGCAACUUCUAUUUACUAUAUUUGCUUCUCCGCAAGGUGCAACCCAGGCACAAGGCUGCCUCAAGUAUCCAGAGAAUCUUGUCAACAUUAACAUUAGCAGUAUUUCCCACACUCUAUUUUUUUAACUUCCUUUAUUAUACAGAAGCAGGAUCCAUGUUUUUUACUCUUUUUGCCUACUUGAUGUGUCUUUAUGGAAAUCAUAAAACUUCAGCCUUGCUUGGAUUUUGUGGCUUCAUGUUUCGUCAAACAAAUAUCAUCUGGGCUAUCUUCUGCGCAGGAAACGUCAUUGCACAAAAGUUGACUGAAGCUUGGAAAACCGAGCUACAAAAGAAGAAAGAAGAGAGGCUUUCCUCUAUUAAAGGACCAUUUUCAGAAUUCAGGAAAAUUCUUCAGUUCCUUUUGGCUUAUUCCAUGUCCUUUAAGAACUUGAGUAUGCUUUUCCUUUUGACUUGGCCCUACAUCCUUCUAAUGUUUCUGUUUUGUGCUUUUGUGGUAGUUAAUGGUGGAAUUGUUAUUGGUGACCGGAGUAGUCAUGAAGCCUGCCUACACUUUCCUCAGCUAUUCUACUUUUUCUCUUUUACUCUCUUUUUUUCCUUUCCUCACCUACUGUCUCUUAAGAAAAUCAGGUCUUUUCUUUGCUUAGUUUGGAAACGGAGAAUUCAGUUUUUUGUGAUUACUUUAGUCUCCAUAUUUUUAGUUUGGAAAUUUACUUACGCUCAUAAAUACUUGCUAGCAGAUAAUAGACAUUAUACAUUCUAUGUGUGGAAAAGAGUUUUUCAAAGAUAUGAAAUUGUGAAAUAUUUGUUAGUUCCAGUUUAUAUAUUUGCCGGUUGGAGUAUCGCUGACUCAUUGAAAUCAAAGUCGAUAUUCUGGAAUUUAAUGUUUUUCAUAUGCUUAUUCACCGUUAUAGUACCUCAGAAACUGCUAGAAUUUCGUUACUUCAUUUUACCCUAUGUUAUUUAUAGGCUUAACAUACCUCUGCCACCUACAUCCAGACUUGUUUGUGAGCUGGGUUGCUAUGCAGUUGUGAAUUUCCUAACUUUUUAUAUCUUUCUGAAUAAGACUUUUCAGUGGCCAAAUAGUCAGGACAUUCAGAGGUUUAUGUGGUAAUAUCAGAAAUAUCUUGAACUCUAAAAAUAGACUCAUUAUUUAGACUA